AUGGGUGGUAUGGGGCUAUCAACAACUCCAGAGGUUCAGAGGUUCAUGAGGAAGAAGAGUGACUUCUUCCUUGACGAAGCACAACGUAUCAAAGCUGUUAGCGAAUGGAAACCCCAACUCGAGAGCAAUGGCCAUAAGAUCUCCGUGCUCGUCGAACCGAAGUCAGAUCGCAAACUGCCCACAUCGGAACAAAUCCUACUCCUGAAAGCCUCUCAACUCAAUGGUUUCAAAUUCCCUCCAUGGACCAAAGCACCACAAGAUUCGGACUUCCACCUCCUGGAUGGUCAAGAGCGUUUCACUGACAAGCCGGAACUGCGCCUCUCUGCUGCACAGCUCAAAGUCUUUGAUGGUUGGAAGCGUGCAGCCGAGGCUCUCCCACCACCAGCAUGGUAUCCACCUCAGGAAAGACGAGCAGGACCCACGAUGAGCUCUUCGCGUACCAUUGACCUGGUCCAAGAUGCUGCCACCGAUUGUUCGGUGGUUGCAAGUUUAUGUGCUCUGGUUGCUCGUGGUGAAAGAAAUCAUGCGAAGAUUCUAGGCUCCAUAAUGUCCCCGUACGACGUCAACGAGGGACAGCCCAAGAUGUCUCCGAACGGCAAGUACGUUUUCAAGCUAAACUUCAACGGAACCCACAGAAGGGUCGAGAUCGACGAACGUCUGCCCGUAUCGAAAUCUCCGAGGGUGCUGCAUGUCAUCGACCGUCACAACCCGAGUCUUCUAUGGCCUGCUUUGAUAGAGAAGGCAUAUCUCAAAGUUAGAGGCAGCUACGACUUUCCUGGCAGCAACUCGGGAACCGAUCUCUGGAUUCUCAGUGGAUGGAUUCCAGAGCAAAUUUUCUUACAAAGUGAUGACACCAUCGCAAACAAUAUUUGGAGGCGCAUCUUCAAGUCACACCAGUAUGGCGACGUCUUGAUAACUAUGGGUACUGGCAAGAUUUCUAGCCGCACCGAGCGUGCGAUUGGUCUUGCGGGUGAGCACGAUUAUGCUGUGUUGGAUAUGCGAGAAGUUGACGGCCAGAAAUUGAUGCUCGUCAAGAACCCCUGGUGUGAAGGAAUGUCAUGGCGCGGAAGCAUCCCUAGAUCCGCCAUCGACAACGAAGAUGACGAAGACGAAGAAAUUCUUCCAUCGUCACGAGAUCUGCUCAACCAAGACGAUAAGCUGACUCCUGGGACUUUUUGGAUGGACCUCAACAGUGUGAUGCAGUACUUUGAGUCCAUCUACCUGAACUGGAACCCAGGGCUGUUCAAAUAUCGCCAGGACAUCCAUUUUGCCUGGGACCUCUCCGCAUUGUCAUCAAGCAACAAGUACCAGAGUUUCAGCAACAACCAGCAAUUCCGAGUCUCCGUGUCGGCUUCAGGUGUUGUGUGGCUUCUACUCAGUCAUCACUUCAAAGAUGGAAAAGAGGAUGCCCAUCCGUCUGAAUACAUCAGCUUGUAUGUCUUCGACAACAACGGCGCAAAGGUUUACUUGAGUGACGGCGCUGUUCAACGCGGACCCUUUGUCGACUCCCCACAAACUCUCCUGCGACUGGAUAAGUUGGAAGCAAACAAGAAAUACACAGUCGUCCCUGUUGAGCAAGACCUUACACCGACCACCCAUACAUUCACCCUCUCAGUGUUCGCCAAUGCACGUAUCGCCAUUGACGAGGCACCCAGCAAAUAUGCCUGUCACAAGUCAAUCUCUGCAGCGUGGACGGAAGAGACUGCAGGUGGUAAUGCCCAUUCGCCGACAUACUCACAGAAUCCGCAGUUCAGAAUUGUGGUUCCUACGAAGACGUCAAUUGCGCUCCUUCUCGAAACAUCAGUGGAGCAAUUGCAUGUCCACGUAAAAUUGGUACACGGCCGAGGCGCUCGAGUCCAAGCUGUGCGAUCGAAGGACAUUGUGUUCGACUCGAAAGACUAUCGCCGUGGAUGUGCUCUGGCAGAAUAUGCAGAGCUCGACGCGGGUGCCUAUACGAUAAUUUGCUCUACAUUUGAAGCUGGUCAGAGGGGAAACUUCAAGCUGCGAGUUGAUAGUAUGGUGGCUACACAACUUUCGCUACUGCCGCGGCAAGGUGCAGGACGACUGAGACACGCUUGGGCCAAAGCGACCUUCCAAGGGCAGCAACGCGCGUUAGCAGCGCCAAUCGCACCCAGACGUCUCACCAAGUUCGAUGUUUUCGUUAAGCAAGUGCAGCAGACUGGCCAACAGCAGACUACAAAGGCCGGUCAAAGUCGAGAAAGAAGCAUGGUUCGGGUCACACUGGAGAUUGGUACAGGCCCUGAGAGACGCAUCUUGAUCGCCAGCUCCAACGGUGAGUAUAGCGAUUCUUCUGCUGGAGUGCGAACAGGUGAGAUUGAUCUGGCUCCACAAGAGAUGGGUAACAUAUGGCUUGUCAUUGAACGCAUGUUCACGCCCAUGGAUUCCGAAAGGGAGUUGUUUGAGGUUGAGACAUUCACAGACGCACUUGAUACGGUCGACAUUGGAGUCUGGAGAAGAUGGGAUGUAGAUGCGUUGGAUCAAUAG